AUGAGGCAGGUGGUACGAGCGGCCACCCGGCACCUCGGCCCAUGGCGGCGUGCCUACGCGACGACGAAGAAGUCGGCGGACGACUACUUUCUGCCCAACCUCUUUGGCAGCGUCCACUCUACGACGGCGUUGCCUCCGAAUGCACCGGCACGUCGCGAAGGAGAGGAGGACCUGUAUGACAGCGACAUGGACCUCCUUGAUGCAGAGCUCUCCUCGCUCUUGGGCCCAUUGCCAGACAAGGAGGACGAUGCGGCUUACGAUCCUACGUCGCCACUGCGCGUCGAGCGGCCUCGCCCGCCCGCGCCUCCAUACGCUGCGCCGCAGCCAACGCAGUACACGGCUGCGCCACCAACGCCCAUGCAGGCAGCACCUCCGACGCUUGCCCGUAGCCCCUUAACGGUGGUUGGUGACGUGCAUAUCCUCAACGGUCCGUGCUCGCUCGUCCAUGGCAACGUUCUCGCAGGGACGCAGGUGUCGUGGCCACGCCUCGAGGCGCAACUGCGAACCUCCGCUCAGGGCGUCGCACUGACGUCGUCGCACACGAACGACGAAGGCGCCGUGAUCGACACGCUCUUGUCCAGCGCUGCAUCAACCACUAUCAUCCUCAACGCCGGUGGCCUGCUCGGCGCCGGUAUCCGACGCGCCGUCGAGCUCUCCCACGCCCGUGUCAUUUUGAUCAACCCGCUGGGGGCACCCGCGGCGUCGCCUAUACCUGCGGGUCUGCGCUACAUUAGCGGGUUUGGCGCCGUCGCGUACGAGCUCGCCCUUCUCGCCGCGACCAAGCACGACGCCUAGGACGCUCGCUCGCGGGCUCUUUUGAAGUAUGUGCGAGUAGAUACUAUAGUCGUACGAACGACUAGAAGGACAUGUUUUUGUG